UCUGUUUUGUCUUCUCCAGAUUUCAGGUGGACCUCCAGCACUGUUCUGAUAUCGUUCUGCAUUUUAACCCACGCUAUGAGAAUGGUCUUGAGUAUGUAGUGCACAACACCUUCAGGAACGGUCACUGGGACUCAAAUUAUGAACAAGAUUAUGAGUGUCCCUUCCCACGAGGCCAAUCCUUCGCUCUUCAGAUCCUUGUCACCCAUGAGUCAUACAAGAUUCGUGCCAAUGGGAAACACUUGUCAGAGUACAGACACUGUAUUCCAUUCUCUCAUGUGGACAGCAUCUGUGUGGGAGGGAUGGUGGAAGUAAAUUUAGUUGAUAUUCAGUAUCACGAGAACCCCAAACCUGCUCCUGCAAGAAAGCCCAAAGAAGAUCCGCUCGCAUCCAUCAGCGCAGCCAUGACGAUCCCAACCAUGAACAUCUCCACUGGUACUCCCAUAUCAGACAGAAAGCUCCAGGCGUCCGUCAGUGCGAUGAGAGCAGAGAUGCGUUCGACUGCACCGUCCACGUGUUCUCUUAUCUUCUGACCUAUAAGAACGGCUACAACACUUGAUAUAACGGCCGAUGCAGUCGCUCCAGCUGUUACGGCCACGACUCCUGCGGCUUCACCCUCCACGUCCAUCACCCACACAGCUGCGUCAGCGCUCACAUGUCCAACAGCUGCCAAUAAUACAAGAGCAAAGCUGACUCCAGUGAACCCCACAGACUGAACACCAGUCCAUACUAAUGACAAACCAGUUUCUCCUAAAGCUCCGAAAGCAACGGCACAGCUGAACACCAGUAAGAGAACUGGAAUCCCGACGGCACUUAAAGCCCCGGCCGUCUCCACGACACACGCCAGAAGGGCUGAAAAUCCAUUUGCAACACUUGAUAAUUCUUCUUCCAGGGCCUAAAGAAACAGUUCAAUAGCAAUUUAAUAUCGUCCACAACAUGCUUUCUGUCAAACUUGUGUUUGAGUCAUGUGCAUGCCAUCUACCAUUUAUUAAGGGAGGUGUCCUGAUAUACCUAAAACAAACAGACAAACACAAUGCAACUACAAACAUAGCACGUGGAAGCUUACAUGUUCAUAUUUACUCAUGUUUAUAAGAACUUCUUCUGCCAAUGAAUAGUCAUGUACAUAAUUCUUCAAUACUGCCACCUGUUGCUUCGUAGCGAGAUAAAAAGUUUAGUAUGCGUGUCUAUUGGUCAUAUGUGAUGUUCUAUAGUGGACAUAUAUUUGUGGAAUGUGUAGGCGCUCGCGUAUGUGCAUGGCCAUGGCUCGUGUGUGUGUGUGUGGGCGCUUGCAUAAGUGCAUGGCCGUAGCUGUGUGUGUGUUUGUGGUCAUUAUUAUGUGAUGAUAUUCUCAGUGGGUCAGAUGCUAAUCGACUCCCACAUGUGAAAACAAAGAGAGUGUUUCUGCAAACACAGACGACACUUCAGUCACAUCAUCUCAGACACACACACAGAUGCUGGCCGACCACUGUAAGUACUGCUUUACAUCAUCUACUAGAAUCAUGGGACCCUUUCUUGUGUUUUCAGCUGUUUGAUUUGUAUAUGUGUUGCUGCCUGUAACUUUUUGUUUUAUUUAUAAAAUUAGUACAUAAAAAAUGUAUUACAUUAAUCCCUUUGGAAAAGACAAAGUUUUACUACACUGUAAAUCCGGGGAAAGUUGGCAAUACUCAAAAAAAAUGUAGGCAACUCGUCUUUAAGUUUACUGAAAAACACAUCAAAUAAUCAUAUUUUUAAAUUUCCUUAUGCAGUCGAACGCAAAGCAUGCUGGGAAUGGAAAUCCUUCUCGACCAAUUGUGUUGAAUUGUCGUCUUUAAAUUAAGAGGAACCAUACAUUUCCAACGUGUCUCCGGACCUGAAAAUUUACAAAGAAAAGAAACGCCCUUAAGAAAUAAAGGAGCAGCAUCACAUACAGUAUCAACUCUAGCGGUCAUGGCAAACACUGGUCUUCAAGUGCUGGGUCUGGUCCUGGUCAUCGCGGGCUGGGUGUUUGAGAUUGUGGUUAUUGCCGGCCCCUGGUGGCGCGUGUCUGCGUUCGUGGGGGAUGAGCUGGUGGUCUCGCAGGUGUUGUGGGAGGGGCUUUGGAUGACCUGUUUAUCACAGUUGGGGCGUCUGCAGUGUAAAGCCUACGAUUCCGGCCUCGCCCUCUCAAGCUCCGCCCAGAUGUGCCGCACCCUCUGCGUGUUGUCCCUCCUCCUCUGCCUGCUGGCCCUCCCGCUCAUCGUGACCGGCCUGAAGUGUACGCGCUGCCUUGGCGACGCUCAAGAGCCAAAGGCUCGGCUGGUGAGGACCGGGGCGAUAAUGUUCCUCCUGGCGGCCUUUUUCUUUCUUAUUCCCAUCUCUUGGACCGCAUACGUGGUGAUACGAGAUUUCUACGACCCGAACAUCGCCGCUCCGCUCAAACGUGAACUGGGACCCGCCCUCUAUCUGGGAUGGACUGUGACCGUGCUGAUGCUGGUGGGAGGGGCUGUGAUGUAUUUGGGCUCCAUCUCCCCAGGAACUGCACCCAUGCCUGUUUUUGGAAAAGGGGGGAAAGGGAAUCCCCCGUCCACAGGUGCAGAGAGUAAACCAGAGAAGGUUUUUGUAUAAGGGAGCGUCGGGAAAUAACGGAUAUCAAAUACAUUUUGACAGCAUUCUUUGAAAUCUGUUUUUCCAAGACUGCACAUAAAUACCUUUCUAAAAUAAUUUAUAUUUUCCAAAUGUUCAUGAUGUCAAAGGUUGUGCGUCUAUCUUUUGGUUAUAUAACUAACAGUAUUACACUAUUUAACAUAUAUGUUUGUUGGUAAAUCACACUUCGGUUAAGCUUUGGCACGACAUCCGGAUGGCAUGACAUAACCAACAUAAUGUCAAUUGUUUUCUCCAUAAAAAUAUCAGCCCCCCAAAAAAAUCACUUUGGAAAAAUUACUUAUAGAGGUGCAGCAAGUUAUUGCAUUUUGAGGAAAAUGUGUAAAAAGGACUUUUUUAUGUAAUGACAUGCAUCAGUUGUACACAAUGUGACCAUGAACAUGUACUAGGAAAGUAAAUGGGGUAUUUUUAUUUAUUCAUUUUAAGAUCUAUCAUUCGUUCAGUCUGAUUGUAGUGUAAUACAAUCUGUUUUAUAUCCUUUGUUCAGUGCUAAAUGUAAUCAACAAUGUCAAUUUCUACUAUCGUAAAAUAUUUAUUUAUGUUUGUGUAUUAUUUGUCUAAUAAAGCUAAUGAAAUAAUG